AUGGUCUUCGCAACGCGACGCUCUGUGCUCGGUCUCUUGGCCCUAUCUCUGCUGUCAACGCUCACCACUGCAUUGCUGACAGCGCCUGAUUCGCCAUGCGCCUCCCUCUGCCUCAACGCGUCGGACCCCAGCGCGCACCUCAAUCGCCCAGACGAGAUUGUCUGCGCCAACAAGGACUAUGCCAGCGAGACGGGCCAAAAGUUCAAGGGCUGCAUCGGCUGCCUCCAGAACAGUACCUACACCUCAGGCUCCCAAAACGACCAGGCCUGGUUCAUGUACAACCUCCAGUAUGCCUAUGCCCACUGCGUCUUUGGCUACGACGGCACCGGCAUCGGCCCCUACCCGUGUAUGACGAGUGAGGCGUGCGGCCCCCUCAAGACCACCGUCAGCAGCAACCUGGCAAACUACACCGGCAAUGACCCCUACGCCUACUGUCGCUACCGCGGAGGCUCAGCCCUCGGCGAGACCUUUGGCAAGUGUCUCGACUGCAUGAAGCCCGACACCAAGCACGGCUACUUGGCCAACUUCUUUGUCGCGCUCGAGGCCGGCUGCGAGCAGCGUCCCGGCGCACACGGCUACGUCUCCCUCAACGACACCCUCUUCGCCAACCGCACCAUCGGCAUCGUUGACCCCAACAAGCCCACCAAGUCCUCCCGCUCUGGCCUGUCGACCGGCGCCCUCAUCGCCGUCGUCAUCGUCAGCGUGCUCCUCGGCAUCGGCCUCCUCGGCGCUUGCGUCUUCCUGCACCUCCGCCGCCGCCGUCGCAACAACACCUACAACAAGUCCGCCCUCGAGCACGACGUCGCCCUGCACAUGCGCGGCGGCGGCGGCGGCGGCGUCGGCUUCGCCAUCACCGGGCCCUCCUCCGGCAUGAGGAACAUUCGCAACAGCGUGCACAACCUCUUCACCCCCGGCCCCGGCCGCCUCGCCACCAGCAGCGCCAAGCACGGCAACGACGGCGGUAACUUCGACCCGGAGGCGGUGACGUGGCAGGACCCGGGCCACCUCGUGGAGCUGCGCAACACGGCCGCGGAGGAAAAGGCCGCGCUGGCCGCGGCCGCGCUGGCCCGGGAGGAGCAGCAGGCUCACGGCAGCGCCGCCGACGCGCUGCGCUCUCACCCUCCCACCACCGGCGGCGGAGCCGUGCGCAACUUCUCCCACAAGCAGAAGAGACAGCAGCAGCAGCAGCAGCAGCAGCAGCAGCAGCAGCAGCAGCAGCAGCAGCAGCAGAACAGCAUCAUCGACACGAACGGCGUCGCCGCCCACCCGGAGCCCGCCGUGACGGCGAGCCCGUACUGCUCGCCGGACAGCUACGCGACGCCGUCGAGCGCCACCUCGGCCACGCCGUUCCUCGCCGCCGGGCAGGGCUCCUCGUUCUCGCCCGUCUCGCCCCCGCCCGUCCCGGCCUCGUCGUCGUCGUCGUCGGCGUUCUCGGCGGCGCUCAAGAGGCAGCAGUCGUGGGACGAGACGCGCGCGCAGGCCCGCGGCGCCGUGGCGGACCUGCUCCGUCCCAAGUCCAGCAAGACCGACGUCAAGGCGCCGGUGGCGUCCAGGCAGCUCAACACGACGACGUUUGCGCCGCCGCCGAAGCGUUGA